UACAAAAAAAAAGAGAGCGAACCACUAGUCAUUUCAAAAAUAAAUAAAAAAGAUUAAACCUUUGUUUUUGCCGGCGAUCAUGGCUUACACAAACAAAGUUACGGCAGCGGCUACGGUUGCGACAGUGGUGCUGUUUCUAGCAGUUACGGUUGUGGAUGCACAGUCAAUGCCACCAAUGCCAAAGUUGAAUCCUGUGUGCGCGUUGGCGGAACUCCCAAAUAUCGUCCAACUUUGCUACUUUAACUUGGAUUUGGUGCCAUCUGAAGAGUGCUGCAAUGAUCUCAAAUCGUCGAGCAAUAUACAAGUGAAUUGUCUCUGCGACAAUUUCAUUGCACAUCCUUCCAACGGCAAUAUCACUAGAGCUCGCUACGACCUAGUAAACAGCGCCUGUGGCGUUGCCGACAAAUUUGCAUGUAAAGGAGGAGCAAGCGGAGGGUCAACGAACAAGAUUGCUGUAUCCAUGGGUCUCUUUGGUUUGGUUGCAAGUUUGUUAUUUUAAUUUAUUUCAAUUUGGCCUUACAAAUUCUAUGUAAUUCUGAGAUAUCCCGGAUAUAUAUAAAAGAAAGAUGUUGUAAAGGAAAUGUUCAAACCCGCUAAUCAUAUUAUUUAUUUACAUAUCA